AUGGAGAGGAGGAAGGUUGACAGUGAGAGAAGAGAGGGGAUCGAGGAGAGCAAUGAGAUGGGCACAGAGGUGCUCCCGGCCGUUGAAGACAAGGGCAAGCAGCCCCUUCAUCCAAUGCCCGAGGAGGUUGUGCUGACGCCCUCCGCCGAUGAAGAACCAAAGACGCCUGAGGUUGGCGACGACGAGCGGAUGGAGGAGCCCCCCAGCAAAAAGCGCCGCAACUACGACCACUACCAUCAGGAGGAUGGCCCAACUCACUUCUGCAAGGUCAUCCUUGCACGGAAGCUUGAGUGCAUCCCCAUGCCCCUGGACUUCACCAAGCACUUCGUCGCGGUGCCGACGAAGUUCAAGCUCAGGAACAACAUCGGCUGCUCCUGGAAGGUGACGGUGAAGCUGAUGAACGGCAGGGUGACCCUGGAUCAGGGUUGGGCCACCUACCCAGCCGUUCAUCAGAUCAAGAUCGCCUACAUGGUGACGUUCAAGCUCCUCACUCCCGACACCCUCAAGGUCAUCAUCUUCGACGAUGAUGGCAUUGAGGUCGUCAACAAGUGCGAGAAGCAUGACGAAGCCUUCGCCGCCAAGGACUAG